GAUGUCUGUAUGGCCACAAGAAAGUGAAAUUUCAAUAAUGUGAUUCAACAAGAGGAGCCUGAUUCCUCGGGUUAUGUCAAUGAGAGUAUUAGUUAUGGAACGUUGCAGAACAUUGCAGAAACACGGCCACUAGAAAAAGUGUGGCAUUCCAAGGAAACAAUAUAACUUUCAAGAUUUGGGUCAAUUACAGGUGAGUUUUAUGAUUUUUUAGUUCGGGAUGUGAGGUUCUUUUCAAAAGGAAUUAGUACCUUGCAUUACUGCAGCUUAACUGCAACCUUCUUCACAUUACAGAUCUGUACUCAGUCUUUUGCUUCACAAUUGUGCCUACUUCCGAGGGGUACGAUUUUUAUUUAAUUUUUGGUCUACGGGCUGCUAUAGAGGAAAAUAAAAUAAAGAAAAGCCACGAAUGCGAUGCGAAAGUAUUCGGCAAUUGUAACUGCCGCUGAAGAAACUGGUGAGAUGUCAGCAUCCUUCUAACGGAACCAUGAAACUAAAGUUUCGGGCCCGGCUCUGAAGCAGAGAAGUUGUGUUGAAGCGCAAAUGCCGGUACUCUCUCGGUGGGGUUGGAUGCUGGACUGAGUCUUAGAUUGCAGCUUUGUGUCCGAACUUUGCGUUGAGCUUGCUAUAGGCAACCUUCAGGGGAAACUUGACCAGCAACUUGUGCAGCACAAUCGUUGUCGGAUGAGCGCUUUGAACCUGUGUUGUUGACCCAACAAAAUACUAAAAUCUUCAAAUAAGGACACACUUGGGAACUGCAUGUUGAGAUCCACACAGACAAGCACACAGGGAUCACGAAAACCAGCUAGAGUCUGUAAGGACCAGGUUUGUUCCUCCACAAUCCUCUCAUCAAGAUUACUGGAUCCGCGCCAGCACGUUGACAGUAAGAGCAAUCACGGAAAGCAGGUUGCGCUCAAUACAUCAAAGUACUGCUCCAUUGAACAUCUUCAGCAGCACGACUUGGAGCCAUGAGGGUAACAAUGAGUGCAAUUACUUGGAGGUCCAGACUUGGUACCUCGUUCAUAGUGCUCGGGUUACAUUUCGUGGCACUUGCGGCGGCUCUUGAGGCGGACCAUCACAAGGGCGAAGAAAGCAUCCAGAUUCACAGCCAUCACGCAUUUGUUGGGAGAGAAGGCAAGAAUUUCGUGCUCAAUGGGGAACCAUUGUAUAUCAACGGUUGGAAUUCCUACUGGCUAAUGACACAGGCCGUGAAGGAGCGCACGAGAUCGCGAGUGACCAACAUCUUCAAGCACGGCGCUGCUUUAGGCAUGACAGUGUGCCGUUCUUGGGCGUUUAACGAUGCUACUUACGAUGCGUUGCAGGGGUCUCCUGGUGUUUACUCCGAGCAAACAUUUGAAGCUCUUGACUUUGUUGUGGCGGAAGCGGGGCGCCAUGGAGUGCGGCUGUUGUUGACAUUGGUGAACAAUCUGCCAGAAUAUGGUGGCAAGAGUCGUUAUGUGCAGUGGGCACGGGACGCUGGUGUGGAUUUGGACCAUGGCUCUGAUGACCAUUUCUUCACGCAUCCCAUCGUCCGUGACUACUACAAAGCGCAUGUUAAGACGGUGUUGACAAGAGUGAAUAGCAUUACCAAGGUGGUUUACCGUAACGACCCCGCUAUUUUAGGAUGGGAACUCAUCAAUGAACCCCGCUGUGCACAUGAAUCCUCAAGCGAUGCUCUCCAGGCGUGGAUUGAAGAGAUGGCUGCGUAUGUGAAGUCGCUGGAUAGCAAGCACCUACUGACAGUGGGGCUUGAGGGCUUCUACAAGAAGAACAGCCGAGGGACGUCUGCGGCAAAUCCCAAGCACACGCCACGUUCAGGGACAGAUUUUAUUGAGAACCAUGAAGUUGCCGGAAUCGAUUUUGCCACAGUUCAUGCCUACCCGGAUCUCUGGAUGCCAUGGGAGAAUCAUGCCGAGAAGCAAAAGUUCUUCAACGCAUGGGUAGACGCUCACAUCAAAGAUGCUACCGAGAUUCUGCAGAUGCCAGUCCUGUUCUCUGAGUUUGGGCUCUUCGACUCACAGCAUCGAGUUGCGCUCUACACAUCAAUGUACGAUAGGAUCUACGAGUCAGCAAAACAGCGUGGAGCUGGCGGUGGCGCUCUCGCUUGGCAACUUCUCGACGAAGAUAUGGCACGAUUAUGGAACGACGGAUUCGCCAUCUUCCCUGGCGAGGACCACUCCAUGGUACAUCUCAUCAAACGACAGUCGUGCCGUUUGAAGGUGCUAUCCUCGUCCUCAGAAGAAUACCAUGGCUGCGAUCAGUCCAAAUUUCCGCAGUCCAUUCCAACGCGUCAUUUCGAGGCCAUCUUGGCUGAAUAUCAGCUUAUGAUGGCUCCUUGAGCGAUCGAGGAGCAAACCAGGCGAUAGAAGACCAAUCUACCGCAUCCUCUUGCAGUAUCAUAUCUACGCAACUAAACAACGACACUCGAAGUAUGAAAUGAUCUCAUGUUCGACUUGGAAAAGUAAACCACGCUGCCCGUGAGUAAUAGAGUUGAGGUGAGGGUGCUCAUUUGUCGAGUCUCAACGAACAGAAGCAAUGAAUUCUUCGCUCGAUUGUAAAACCUCGUAUACCUGCUACGAAACCGCAUGAUAGAAUUGCGAUAGAAUCAUGUUAAAAACUGAACUUCCCACACACAUACAAACACGACACACUUUCUACUGACAAUUUGAUCUAGGAGGAUACUCCUGCCCGAAUCCUGGCAGAAGUGAAUAAUAGCCAACUUCUGCUCUGUAAACUGCUUCUACAUCACAUUGAAAAAUGAAAAAAAGAAAAAAGAAAAAUAAAGAAGAAAAUUAUGAGAA